CUGCGUUUGACUUGAGAAUGAAAAUUAACAAAAAGCUUGAAGGGGAAUUAGCGUCAAGUCAACUUCUCGUGUAGACCGUCGCAUUUUAAAAUGGAUGUCCAGAAAGUGUACGACCAUGAUUGUACGUCUUCUUGCUUGCCUUCGCUUUCAUUCGCAACUUUUACGGUGAAGGUUGUAACCGGGCGAGUGCUCUGCACUAACGUUUUAUCUUGACGUCAUUCAAUUGUUGAUUGCAAGAGCGCAACAACUUGACGAGCAUGUGGUGCGCGUUGGCGGUUCUGCUGGCGGUCGGUGUCGCCGUCUACCUCCUCCCUUCGCCCAUUGACCCGGAGCCGCAUGUACUGAAGGGGCCCCCGCCGGUUCUGGAGGGUCCGCUCGCCGUCAACACGCUGUUGCGGACGGGCCGCAGACUCUUUGAAGGAAAACUACGCGGACCAGAAUCCUUUGCUGCCGAUGAGGAAGGUAACGUGUACACGGGGACGGUGGACGGAAAGCUGUGGCGAAUCGGACCGGACGACAGCCUCGCGUUAAUUACGCAAAUGGGCGUGGACUCGCCCCUAUGCGGCAGCAGCACGGACCUGGAGCCGACGUGCGGGCGUCCCCACGGCGUGCGUCUGGAUCGCCACGGUGACCUGAUCGUGGCUGACGCCUACUUAGGACUGCACAGCGUGGAUCCCCGCACGGGACGCAAGACGCUGCUGGCGUCCAACUCACAAGGUGCCGGCGGCGUCCCCUUCGCCUUCCUGAACGGCCUGGAAAUCUCUUCCCGAACGGGUGUCAUCUACUUUACCGAUUCGUCCAGUCGUUGGGGGCGCAGACACGUCAAGUUGGAGGUCCUCGAGCUGAACCGGCUGGGUCGUCUGCUGUCUUACGAUCCGGAGACGGGUCGAGUCGACGUCCUGCUGGAUUCUCUUUACAUGCCCAACGGCAUCGCGUUGGACCCCGACGAGCAGUUCCUCCUGCUGGCCGAGACCAGCAUCGCGCGCAUUCUCAAAUUUUGGCUGCGAGGUCCGAAGGCGGGCACUAAGGAGAUCGUGACUGACAACAUGAUCGGUUACCCGGACAACAUCCGUCUGAGUUCGCGCGGGACUUUCCUGGUAGGCGUGACCACGCCGCGCUUACGUGCCUUCCUGCCGCCUUUCUUGGAUUGUUUGGCUCCGUACCCGGCCGUUAAGCGCUUUCUGGCCAAGGUGGUCCCGCUUCGGUGGUACGACGCGCUCCUGCCGCGUUACGCGAUGGUUCUGGAGCUGGACGGCGACGGGCGCACGCUGGGCUCCAUGCACGACCCCGAAGGCCGCCUGACGUGGGCCGUCAGCGACGUCUUCCAGCACGCCGGCCGCACCUUCCUGGGAAACACCGACCUGCCCUUCCUGCCCGUCGUCACCCUUCCGGCUUGAGAGGGGUCGCUAACUCGUUUGGGACUCGGGAUGCAGGUCGGUUCCAGGUUUUGAACUCGGGAACAACCUUCCCCGUUUCCAUUUAGCCUCGUUGUGUUAAUGUUUACACUGGAAAAUAUGAAUGUUAAAUGUGACGGCGAACCAUCUGUUGAAAUAAAGUUUUUGUCCGCACCAUAGAGUAAAUAGAUUUAUUUUGCACAAAAAGGUGGCCGUCCGAACACAGACGAGACAAAGUGCGUAAGAUCGACAUAAAACAUUCCAGGAAAACCAAAAGAAUCAGUUGGGUGAAAAGAACAAUCAGUCAGACAGCAGCGUUUUCACAGUUUUGCUUUUCAAACCAGGGUCCACAAAUGAAUCAUUUUGAAACUGUCAACAUAUAAAUGAAGCAAACAUUUUGAAUGGUGUUAUUCAGCAGUCAUUUUUGAAAACGUCACGAGUGGACCCCAAAGGUUUGAGAAGCUAUCGACUAAAUGAAAUCCAGUCAGUCAUCCAGAAUCCAACUCAGUAGCAAAACGAUUCCCAACUCAUUGACGGCAAUAGACAUUCAAUCCAAGCAAAUGACGUCUACUAGUGACAAACUCAUUUGAUUUCACAGCCAGCACAAGGACUUAAUUGGACGUCACAUGAUUACACGUCUAUUAUCGUCAAUGGGACCGAAAGAGUUAAUUGCGUUCACAAUUUUAUCGAGCAACACACUCAAUGCUCUCUUAAUAAGGGGAAAUUGACCUUUCAUUUUAGAACAACUAAACUGUGCACGUGUAUAUGAUUUUUUCAAUGUGCACAUAGACUGCGUGUAAGACAUUUUCUGUUGUUCUUUUUCCUCCCGUCACAACAAAGAAAGCACAAUUAGAACCCACGAGCCAUGCCGAUCGGGCUUCUCUUUUAGCCGGCGGGCGGGCAGGCGGCAACAAUCCCUUCCUUCAUCCUCAAAAAGAAGUCAUUUUCACUUCAUCUUUUGUCGGAGUCUUCCGAACUUCCAGUCGCGCCCGUUAAACAUCUGCCGCGGUUCAAAUUUGAAACUGAAAAAAACAAACAAAAGGUGAGUCAAAAAAACACUGAAAAUGAAAGAAGGUUCUCUCCUAAUCUUUUGUACGGAACAUUUCAGAUCCUCACCCCGCAUCGUAAACGCCGGCCGUGCGGCACGUUUGCCCGGCGCACGACUGCAACAUCAUCAGCCGAUGGUUCAUCUUCUCCAAAACUUCCUGGUCGAUGGUCUUGGCGAUGUUGUCGAGCUGGAACGGGUCCGCCGUCAGGUUGUACACCUCCACGAACACCUGCGACCGUACGCUCGACCGUAAACGCGAGCGGAAAACCCCGCCGCAGAAGAAGACGCCGCGCGGCUACCUCGGUGUCGUCGAACUCGCAGUACUGCAGGUUGGCCGCGGGCGCCACCGUACGCACGCACGCGUACGUGUUGUUGUACGAGUCCUCGCACACGCAAUCUGGGAAGCACUCCUGAAGAGACGGGGGGGAAAAAACAUGAGUACUCGCACGCCGUUUUGUAGACGCCAUGUUGCUCUCACCGACACUCCGGGCCCGAGCAGGGGACAGGCGGGGUCGGAAAUAUCGCUGCCUUCUCCUUCGUAUUCCACCAAGAUGUCGCUCCUCCAAGAGCUGCCGUUGACUUGCCCGUUCUAAAAGUCACAGCGGGCCAGUUUGAGGAGUUCCGUCCAAGUCCGGCCGGCGGGGGAACACGAAGGCUUACCAGAACGGGCAGGAAGGAGGUGCCGUCCAUCUGCGUCUUGUUCACGUCGAUUCCCGCCACGUCCAGGAAGGUCGGGCCGAGGUCCACGUUGGCCACCAGGAACUGUCGGCGUGCAGAUAUUGUUACUGCGGCGAAUCGUGGGCUCGCUGGCGCCGACCGCGUGUAAACGGAUCAUUCUAAAAGUGUCUCAUUGCAGAGAGGAAGCGACCUGGCUGAUCUGUCCGGCUUUGACGUUGGGUCCUCGCACCAUGAGAGGAACGCGGAUAUCAAACUCGUACAGCUGCCGCUUGUCCAGAGGAAGAGAGAACUGACCUGCAGGGAACAACAAAACCAGUUUACACAAUUUGUUGUUUGUUUUUUUUCAUCUGCCUUCCGUUACCCGUGUGGUAUCCGUUAUCAGAGGUAAAGAAGAUGUACGUGUCAUUCAGUUCACCCCUGGCUCGCAAGGCGCUCACUAUCUUCUCCACUAGGUCGUCCACCGACAGCAACGUCCGCCACCUGCGACGAGACGGACAAUCUUAGACUGCGCCUCGGCCGGAGGAAGUCUCGCCGCGCCGGAUCGGGACCGUUUCACGAAGGCGGCGUCCAGAAAGCGCACGGACGAGUUGCUCAUGGGCGUCUUGGCCUGCCGGAUCAGCCAGUGUUUGUCCUGCGGCGCAAAACACACGAGAAAGUCGGCGUCGGUUCCUCCGGACGUUCUCCGUUGGCACCCACCUUGCCGUGAAUGUUGAAGUUGGGAUCCCGGGGCGCCCGGGUGCCGUUGAAGCGGUCCCGGUACUGAGGGGCGGCCGUCCACGGGGAGUGGGGGGCCGGCGUGGACACCAUCAUGAAGAAGGGCGCGUAGCUGGAUUUGGACUGCAGGAACUUCAAGGACGCGUUGGCCUAGAACACAUCAAAAGUCAAUAUUUUUUUUCCCUCGGGACCGGGCUUCAUC